GUUUAACCUAUUUACACAUUCACACGUGUGUCUAGUCUGUCCGCGAUUUGAUCGAAUCUCGUUCGCCUUUUGUUACCUGCCUCGUACCUACCGGACAUAACAUCGUUAACGGGUCAAAGCAAGACGAUACGAUCAUUGUGGAAACCGUGGAAACAAUAGAGUACCACAGGCGCUCCCCGCAAGUCAGAGAUUUACAAAGUGCAUAAAUGUAAAAAGAGGGCAGCACCUACCGAGGGUCGCCCGCCACCUACGAACGUCGAAUCGGCGGGCGGGCGUGGAAAAAGUAACCGAAAAAGUGAUCUACCUCCGUCUCUAUCUCAUACUAUCUGUGUGUAGUUUGUGAAUAGCUGCUUUACUCUUUCUUGGAUGUUCGAGCUGCUGAAAAGGCACUUCCAAAAUGGGUUCAGGAAAUUCCAAAGCUAUAAUCUGCAGAGAGCCCCCGCAGACAUGACUCAUAAAGGGAGCACUCCGGACACCAUAGAAGCUGUCGUGUGCAAGAAGGACGAUCUCAAGGAUGGAGAAAUGAAACAAGUAGAGGUUGGUGAUGGUAAAGUGCUGCUCAUUAGAGAGGAUGGGGCAUUUCAUGCCAUCGGUUCAAAGUGUUCUCACUAUGGGGCGCCACUAGUGAAGGGUGCUUUGUGCAAUAGUAGAGUGCGUUGUCCAUGGCACGGAGCAUGCUUCAGUAUCAAGACCGGAGACAUUGAGGAUUUUCCUGGACUAGACAGUGUUCCUAUACAUGAGGUCAUUGUGAGAGGAAACGACGUCGUUGUCAAGGCAUCAGUGGAUGCUCUGUCUAAGGACAGACGAAUGAAAACGAUGCACAAGUGUGAUUCAAAGGACAAUCGAACCUUCCUGAUUAUCGGGGGAGGCCCAUCUUCAGUUACUUGUGCUGAAACCUUAAGGCAACAGGGAUUCUGUGGCAAGAUUGUCAUAGCAACUAGAGAGGCCCAUCUGCCAUACGACAAGCCAAAACUCAGCAAGGCUCUGGACUUCGCACCAGCAAAAAUUGCUCUGAGGGAUGCAGCCUUCUACUCCACAUAUGACAUUCAGCUUCUAAACAAUAAGGAUGCAGUGAAACUUAACCUAGCUGGGAAAAAUGUUGCAUUCAAAGAUGGAGAUACAAUCAGCUAUGACAAGCUAAUGAUAGCCACCGGUGGAACACCACGGACAUUAGAUUGUCCAGGCAGUGACCUUGAGAAUAUCUUUGUCCUGAGGACUCCAGAUGAUGGAAACCUAAUUGCUGAGCGGGCUAAACAGAAGAAAGUCAUCAUCAUUGGUACAUCCUUCAUUGGCAUGGAAGUGGCUGCAUUUCUAGCAGGCAAGGCUGGCAGCGUUUCUGUGAUUGGUCAUGGUAAUGUACCGUUUGAACGAGUGCUGGGUGCGCAAAUAGGAAAUGCAAUGAUGAAGUUGUUUGUAGCAAAAAAAGUAGAGUUUUACAUGGAAAAUGGAGUGAAAGAGUUUGUUGGCCAUGAUGGUAAACUUUCCAAGGUCAUCCUGACGAGUGGUGAGAAACUCGACGCUGAUGUAUGUGUGGUAGGAGCAGGUGUGACCCCGUGCACAAAGUUACUAAAUGAUUCUGGCUUAGAAAUGACAGAUCGUGGCCAUGUCGUUGUAGACAAGAGGAUGGGAAGUAGUAAUGCCGAUGUGUUUGCGUGCGGCGACAUCGUUGUCUUCCCACUUUUCCUAUGCAAUGAUAAGAGAGUGAACAUACAGCAUUGGCAGAUGGCAAGCCAGCACGGUAAGGUGGCAGCAUUCAACAUGCUUGGUACUGAGAAGGAUAUAUGCAGCGUUCCAUACUUCUGGACAGCUUUCUUUGGCAAGAGCGUGCGCUACACAGGUUAUGCUGAGGGAUUUGAUGACAUAAUAGUGUGUGGAAAUGUAGAGAACGUGGAUGACCUUAAGUUCGUGGCAUACUUCACAAAAGGCAACAAUGUCAUUGCGGUGGCCAGCAUGAACUGCGAUCCCAUUGUAUCACAGGCUGCGGAGGUCAUGGCAAAUUGCAAGGUGAUCACAAAGGAGGAAAUUACAUCAGAGCAUCACAGCUGCUGGGUUGCUGCUAAACUAUAGAUCUCCCUUCACAUUCCAUUUAAAAUGUCUAUGUUUUGUCAUGAUGUAAUGAGUCAUGCACAAAGUUUAACAGAAAAGGUCAUAGACUUAUAGUUUGUUAAGUUAAAUUAGAGUUUGUUUAUUAUGGUGUUUUGAUAUUAUUAAUUUAAGUAUAUUUUGUAUUUUUAGAUGCACUUUGAAAAUCAAUUGUGCAAUUCUGAUUAAAUAACAUCGUUAUAUCAUAUCAUAUAUUAAAUCGUUUCGUAUCAUAUCACAAGUAGAACAGUCAUAUGUUUAAUCAAAUGACUUUAUGUAGCUGAAACAGCAACAAAAGGUUAUAUUUGUAAAGGCUCGCGCGAUA